GAGUUGACCAAUGUGCAUAUAAAAAAAAAUCCAGUUCCUUCUUCUCCAUCCACUACACGCUAUCAAACUUACGUAAUUAAUGGCUUCUAUCAGCUUAUUCGAAGCGUCAUUAUCUCUUUUUUGCUUUCUCAUCCUCUGUUACUUUCUCAACAAGAAACAUUAUGGUUACCAUGUCAACAAAAGCUACCCUUGGAACUGGCCUGUUCUCGGGAUGCUUCCAGCUUUGGUCUCGUGGUCACGUCGGAUCGAUGCUCUCAUCCGGGUCCUAGAGAAGAGCAACUUGACGUUUUUGUUCAAGGGUCCGUGGUUCGCUAGAAUGGAUGCGUUGAUCACCGUUGAUCCAGCUAAUAUACAUCAUAUACUAAGCUCAAAUUUCUCCAACUACAUCAAGGGACCGGAGUAUAAAGAGAUGGUAGAUGUCUUUGGAGACGCGCUUUUCACCACCGAUGGAGAGCUAUGGAAGAAUAUAAGAAUGUCUUCUCAGGUCAUCCUCAGCCGUCAAGGUUUUCAAAACUUGUCGAUGAGUGUCACAAGUAGUAAAAUCAAGGACGUGCUUCUUCCUAUUUUGAGUCGCUUUUCAGAGGAAGGGACAGUGGUGGACUUGCAGGAUGUGUUCCGGAGAUUCAUGUUCGAUAUAUCCCUACUUUUAGUAUCCGGUUCUGAUCCUCACUCUCUCUCCAUUGAAAUGCCAGAGGUUGAGCUCGCAGAAGCCUUCGAAAACGCUGGGGAUGCCAUUGUGUUUAGGCUUAUCAAACCAAGAUUCUUGUGGAAGUUGCAAAACAGGUUGGGACUGGGAAAGGAGAGGAAGCUGAUAGAAGCGGGUGCGACAUUUGAUAGAGUGUGCGCAAAAUACAUAGCUGCAAAGAGAGAAGAGGUAAGAUCACAAGGAGGGAUUCAUCAUGAUCAUGAUCAUGUUCAUUCAGAUGGAGAGAGUGAAGAUUUUUUAACGUAUUACAUAAAGCUAGAUACAAGCAAAUACGAGCUCUUGCAUCCAAGCGAUGAUAAGUUUCUUAGAGACACCAUUUUAGCUAUCAUUAUGGCAAUAAGGGAUACCUCUUCCAGUGCUCUCACUUGGUUUUUUUGGCUCCUCUCCAAAAACCCUCACGUGGAAGCCAAGAUUCGCCAAGAGAUCAACGCAAACCUACCUAGUAGUACCGGAAGUAGUAGUCAAUGGUCGGCUAUCGAUCGGAGAGAGUUUUUGAACAAGUUGGUUUAUCUGCAUGGGGCCUUGUAUGAAACGAUGAGGCUCUAUCCACCACUUCCCUUCCAGCGCAAGACUUCUAUAAAAUCAGAUGUACUUCCAAGUGGUCACAUAGUCGAUGCUAGUUCUAACGUUAUCUUCCUUAGCAUUGCGUUAGGGAGGAUGAGAUCCGUAUGGGGAGAAGACGCGUUGGAAUUCAAGCCGGAGAGAUGGGUUUCAGAGACUGGUGAGUUGAGACACGAGCCUUCUUCCAAGUUCCUUGUGUUUAACACCGGUCCGAGAACUUGUUCCGGUAAGCAUUUAGCUAUGGUGACAAUGAAGACCGUAGUCGUGGAGAUAUUACAACACUAUGACAUUAAGCUCGUCAAAGGACAUAUGAUUAAGCCAAAGGCUCAUCUUAAUCUGCUCAUGAAACAUGGGCUUAGAGUCACGCUGACUAAGAGAUGUUCAGCUUGAAAUGUCAAUUUUUUUAGUUUCUCCAAUAAUAAUCUAGUCCGAUAUAGUAUUAAAAAGUAAUAAGGUACGUAAUAUAUGCAUUGUCCAAAUGUACGUUUCCCUUGGUCUU